GUCACUGUCCCGGGAGGGAAGCCCUCCCUGCCUGCGUGCCCGGCGCGGUAACCGGAGCUCCCGAGUCAGCCCUGCCUGAAGUUGGAGAGCUCUGCCGUGUCCCCUCUGGAGAGGAACGCGACACGCUGCCCAGCGCUUCUCCCGCCAGGGCUCUGUCCGAAGUGGGGCGUGUGUCUCGGGUUAGGGUUUGUCCCUAGGACAGUCGGGUUUCUGGUUCUGCCGGGUGCUGCCGCUCGUUGCCAGAAGAGCUGGCUCGGGGAGUAUCUCCGCUGUCACAAAACCACCUCGGGAUCCGGGGAUUUCUUCCUCCGACUGGGGAUUUGCCUCGUAGGCUGGCGUUAUUUGAUUCUUCCUCCUCUCCAUCAACUCAUGAUCAGAUGAAGCUACAGAUGACAUGACCAAAGUCAAAACAAUGGAUGAACUGAUGAGAAACAGCACUGAGAACAUUAGCUGCUUAGUUGCUGGAAAUCCUAAGUGCAACUUCACUACCAAGAGACCCUGAUGUUGUGUGAUCAUUGAGCAGAGUUUGCAAGAAUGGAAAACCAAAGAAAAACCAAAACUAGCUGCAUGUCAUAAAUAAAAAUUUUCAAGAUUCUUCUGAAUCAAAAAAUUAUUCCAGCCAUGGGAGAAAAUGCAAGUUUUUGGGAAAGUCUGAUAUAUGCACAUCCUACAUGUACCACCUGGAAGCAAGAGGCAGAGGGAUCUAUCUACCACCUAGCCAGCAUCUUCUUUGUUGUGGGCUUCAUGGGUGGAAGUGGAUUCUUCGGGCUCCUCUAUGUCUUCAGCUUGCUUGGACUGGGCUUUCUCUGCUCUUCUGUGUGGGCUUGGCUGGAUGUGUGUGCUGCUGAUAUAUUCUCCUGGAAUUUUGUGCUGUUCACUAUAUGCUUCGUCCAGUUCGUUUAUGUUACCUACCAAGUCCGCAGUGUGGCCUUUGACAGAGAAUUCCAGGAGCUCUACAGUGCUCUCUUCCAGCCUCUGGGAAUUUCCUUGACUGUGUACAGGAAGAUUGUCUUGUGCUGUGAUGCAGAAGUGAUUACCCUGGAGAAGGAGCAUUGUUACGCCAUGCAGGGGAAAACGCCUAUUGACAAACUGUCCUUGCUUGUGUCAGGCAGGAUCAGAGUGACAGUUGAUGGGGAAUUUCUGCAUUAUAUUUUUCCUCUUCAGUUUCUGGACUCUCCUGAAUGGGAUUCACUGAGGCCCACAGAAGAGGGAAUUUUCCAGGUGACACUUACAGCAGAGACAGACUGCCGGUACGUGGCCUGGAGGAGGAAGAAGCUCUACCUGCUGUUCGCUAAGCACCGCUUCAUCUCCCGCCUGUUCUCCAUUUUAAUUGGCAGCGACAUUGCUGAAAAACUGUACGCCCUGAACGACAGGGUGCACGUGGGGCAAGGCUUCAGGUACGACAUCCGCUUGCCCAACUUCUACCAUGUGGCUCUGCCAGAGACCCCUCCUGUGCAGCCCUCCCACCACCCCCACCACCUCCAGCGGGGCUCCCCCAGGCACAAGCCCGCGGGGGUCCCCAACUGUGGCUCCUUCCUCGCACCCUCCUAGGGGGAAAUUCUGCAGCAGCCAUUCCUCAGAGUGGUGAAGGGAAAUGGGAGGUGACAAAGCGGAAGAGUGGAGAGACAAAAGCAGACAAAGCCAAAUUUGACAGACAAGUGCCAUUUAUGUUAACUGGAGUAGGCUGAAUUCUCUAUCUCAAGCCAGCAGGUUGGCUUCUGCAUUUUCACUGUCUGUGCAAUAUGUUUACUUUCAGUUGACACUCCUGUUGAUCUUCAUCUCUUUCGUUUUGGAGAACAAAUCAUAAGUCUGAGGUCUUGUUGCAAUUGUGGUGGCCUUUGUGGUCGUGUGUCAUUUUGUUGUUUUGUCGUUAUUUUUAUUUUAAAGUAAGCCCAUGGUAUUUGCAAUUAUAUUUUCCUCAAAAAAUUUUGUCACAAUGAAGUAUAGUCAGAAUAGUCAAUGAAAACAAGUAAGUUGUCUUCAAAAUAUAGCAACUUGUUUAUAAUGUUCUUUUUUAUGCCAUGUGAACAUUCUCUCAAUUUACAUGAAUCAGGUUGCAGAAAAAAAGACUAAGGAACUAUCGCAUUGGGUUUGUUUCUUAAAGAAAUGAAAGAUUUUGAAAUGCACAGCAAGAUUGUUAAAAACCCAAACAAAACAAAACAACAAAUUCUGUCCUUUGAGUAAUUGGUAUCUCCCUGACUGUCCUUAAGAGGUAUUAUGUGAAGACAAAUGUAAGUGUCAUUGCUGGCAUUAGGAAAAUAAAAAAGCUGUGACUGCUGCAAAUACAGCUUAGAGAAAUGGUUGUGUAGUGUUUCUGAUAGAAUGUGAUACUAUAGGACCUGGGCUUCUGCAGUGCCAGUGCCCUUUGUGAUGUGUACAAUAAAGAAUAUUCGUCAAUCUACUGCCAAACCGUUGGAGUUUGUUGUAUAAUAUUGUUUUUAGCUGUGUUUGUUGGGAAGAGACUAAAACAGCUGCAGCAAUAAAUGCAAUUUUUAACUGGCACAUUCUUGUUUAGCUUCCAGAGUCACUUUUCUGUGCCUAUGAAAUUCUUGAUUUAAAAUAUAUUCUCUCCCUAGUUCUGUGAUGUUUUAAUGACAUAAGGGAGCCUCAGAUUUCACUUCAGCAGGAGAGAGUUGAUUUUGACCCUCAGGGUCACUGUGCCUUUGAAGAGAAGUGUCUGAAUGUCUUUGCUAACUCACCUUCCUGCUGCUCUGCCUGAUGCUGCCAGUAAUCAAAAAGUAAGAAGCAUUACUAUUUUAUGAGAAUGGAUUGCUGCUUGAUAUAUCUGGAUGUAGAUAAUAUUUUUAAUAUUUCAAAGUUGCUGGCUUGUUUGGUCGGAUGACCCUUGUGUGCUUCUCUGUGUGUGGGUAUACAUAUGUGAGUUGUUUCUGGAGGACUUGAAAUGAUGAUACAAUCUUACACUUGAAGGAUAUUCAUGCAGUAUGUAUAGAAAAUCUAUUAGGAGUGGUGUGAAACACUACUGUUUGAAGGACGUGUAAUGUAGAGCAGAUAAGAUUGUACAAGUUUUGCUUUCAGCUUUAUGUUGUUUCCUCAGAGAGGAAAACCAGCCAAACAUAAAUACCCCAGCAUGCAAUGGGAUAAUCCCCAAAUCAUUCUCAUAACCCUUCCAGGCAAUGUAUUCUGUAUGUACUGCUUAAUGCAUGAAGUCCCUGAGUCACAGAGCUACUUUGUCUUGGCCAAAAGAGAAUUGGAAAAAAAUGCAAACAGUUCACUGAUGGCUUUUAAAGACCUGUUCAGAUGAUAACUAAGGCACAAAGUUCCAGAGGCUGGCAGCUUGUAGUAAGAAUGUACAUCUGUGUAACAGUCUGCAAACAUUAAAAUAUUUUAAAUAUAUAAAAGAGAUCUUAUUCUACAUGUAGGCGUAAUAUAAAUAAUUUAUUCAUAUUCUCCUUGGUUUUCUUGAAUAUUUGGGUUUGGCCUAUUUACUCAAGAAAACUUGUCUUUACUGAAUUCUGACCCUACUAAAGUUAAUUAGCUUCAUCAUCUUCACCUUAAAAUAAGACCCAGGAGUCUUACUCACCCCGUUUCUGUAUCAAGCUUAUAUAUUCUAUUUAGGCUAUAGCUUACCACUUAGAAAGAUACCGGGGAAUGAUGGGUGCUUCAUGACAUACUUGGAUAAUUUUUUUCUUUUUCCCUGAAUGUUGUAUGCAUUGGUUUCUGUCACACACUUUCCAAACACAAUCCUCUGUGAUGUUUUUCUCUGCUGAAAUUGGCUACUGUCAGAAAUCUCUACCAGGACAUGCCUGAGUCAAUAUCUGAACACACUCUUAGCUAAUCUUGUUUAGGUAUUACUACUGUGCUUUCUGGGCUUUGAGUCAUUUUUUAAAAAUUGUUUCUAGUUUUCCAGCAUCUGCUUGAGACACGACUAGCAGAAUAUUUCAGCUGUAAAAUUCAGCUGUAAAUAUCCACAAUAAUAUAAGUACACGCAAAAGGGCUGGAAGCAAGACAGAAGUUCUCUUUACCCCGUUUUCAUUUUAAUCUGGACAGUACUUCUAAAACGUACAGUGAAAUACACUCUGGUAAGCAGCUCAUAAAUCAGUGCUUUGGGAGGGCUGUAUAAUCUGUCUAGAUGAAGACAUACUCCAAAUCAUGUCAGUGAAAUUAGACAAGCUUUGUGAGAUCAUAAAUAUCCAGUCAUGAGAGAUUUGGGGGUUGCUCAGCCUGGAGAAGAGAAGGCUCCAGGUGACAUUAUAUUGCAGCCUUUCAGUACUUAAAGGGGCCUGCAAGAAAGAUGAGGACAGACUUUUUAUAGCAGGGCUUCUUGGGAUAGGACAAGGGGUAAUGGCUUCAAAUCCAAGGGUAUAUUUAGAUAUAAGGAGGAAUUUUAUUAUUAUGAGCAUGAUGAAGCACUGAAACAGGCUGUCCAGAGAGAUGGUGGAUACCUGGUCCUUGGGAACAUUCAAAUUGGAUGGAGCUCUGGGCAACUUGAUCUAUUUGAAGAUAUCCCCACUAAUUCAGGGGGGUUGGGCUAGAUGGCCUUUAAAGGUCCCUUCCAACCCAGACCAUCCUAUGACUCCAUGAUUAUUUAUAGGUUAAUAAACAUUUGGAGCUGGAUGAAGUUCUGACUUGAGUAUCAUUCCAUUUAUGCCUGGGUUACUAUUCAGAAAUAACUGUUAGUGAGGUGAUCAGGUUCCUUCAUAAUUGGUUUAAACAAGUGGAUACUUGAGUCCAUGCUGCUAUCAAUGAGUCCUUUUCUUGAUCCUGCAGUGAUUCCCCUUUACUCACAUUUUGCAUUUUUACCAGUUCCAUAACCUUCUGUGGAGUUAUGUCUACAUUUAUAUGCUACUACAGGUAAGAGUGGCAGAAUCUGUGCAGAUGAUGAUGUGGUCAUUCAUCAGUUGAUUUUGCUGAGUUUUUAUAAUUAUAUGGUCAUCGUGUUGAAAUUACUCUUACAGCCUGCAGAAGGGUUCAAAUUUGCUACAUAAGGUAAGAAACUGCACAGCCUAUGACAGUUCAAGAGUGGGGAGGAGGAGAAGAGGAAGAGAGAACUAAAUUUCAUACAGAUUUUAUCCAAGAAAGGUUUAUUUCACAUUGGACUUCUGGCAAAGUAAUUUGUUGAGUGCUGCAAUAUGUAGUUAGAACUUCAAAAUAAGUCUUGCCUACUUGGUAGCGUGGGACUGACCUUGCAAUUCUUGCAUUAUGUAAUAUUUUUUUAUCUACUAAUAGUGUAAGAAAUCAUGCAACUCCACUCAAAACUACAGAAACUAUGGAAUAUCUAGAGAGGAUGCAUCCCAAUAUACUGUUGUAGCUAAUACAAAGGCAAGCAAGACAAAUUUUAAGUACUUAGAGGAAAAGGUUAUUUUGUUCAGUUGCCAGUGAUAACAGAGGCUGGGCUUUGUGGCUGAGGAGGACCAUCCAGGAUCUAUGUUUUCAGGAACUAUUUUCCUUUCAACAAAGCAAAUUGUACAUCUAGAGAUAUGACCUGCCCUAGGAUUAAACUGAGGAAGCUGAAUACAUGCUUGGAUGAUACUGCACAGAUUUGCCAUACCACAAAAAAGACAUAUGCUUGUAGUAAUUAAAUAAUAUGUUGAUGCUACAUUUUCAGGAAAAAAGUGCUCUACAGAUUUUGUUUGUUGUGAAUGAUAAAUGUAAGACAUAUUUGGUCUCAAUGUACGUGAAAAAUUAAAACAAAAUAUUGUGUUGCUCAUAUGAACAGAUAUUGCAAACCAUGUGUUAAAAGUGAAACAAAUCUGCAGCUCUUUAUAUAGAAGAAAACUAUUUAAAUAGGAAAGGAAAAUUAAUAUAUAUUUGUUGAAUUCAGACAUGACCAGAUUAAUAUUUUUCUUUAUAUUCCUGUAAUAAUUGAAUGCAUA